AGGCAUAAGGUCGGUAGGGAAUGAGAUUGGAAGCGAGUUCAGAGAUCACUUUGAAAUAAUCCAGAAUUAAUUUCUCCAUCUGUCUACAGCUGAGCAGGGUAUUCUGUGGUAUCCUGAAAGUGGGAACAGGAGGAAGUGCCAGAACAUGGAGUUGUAGGCACUCUCACAGACACCAACCUCUUAAAACACUUCUCCAGCUGAGCUGUGAAUUCUGUGGCGUCUUGAAAGCGGGGGACAGAUCAUGAUGGCUGUGUCGGGAGAGCAGGCUCAGGCUGGAGAGAGGAUGUUCAGGAUGCCCAGCUGUCUCCUAAAGCUGACCAGGGUGGUGCUGAGCCACAAGCCCUGGGCCCUGUUUAUCCUCAUCUUUGUGUUGGUAUCCUUCGCCUACCACAAGUUGUAUUUGAGUGUCUGGGAGGACCCCAAGAGCAGAGGCCCUCUCUACAGCUUGUCUGCUGAAAUCAGCUGUGCUCACUAUGUGCCUUCUUCCCUCAACAUUGCUGGUGAGCCCUCUCCUUCCACAGCAAAUGUGUUUUUUGUGGAGACCUCGGAGCAAACUUCCCCAAGUUACCUCUUCUCAUGCUCUGUGGAGUCAGCGGCCAGGACACACCCUGCAUCAAAAGUUGUGGUGCUCAUGAAAGGCUUGGCCAAAGAGAACGCCUCCAUACCCAAGCACUGGGCUUUCUCCUUGUUCAGCUGCUUCCCCAAUGUGGAAAUACAGCCCCUGGACUUGACAGAGCUCUUUUCUGGAACACCUUUGGCACAAUGGUACUUGCACCCUCAGCGGCAGCAGGAGCCUCAUUUUUUACAUGUCCUGUCUGAUGCCUGCAGGAUUGUUCUCAUGUGGAAAUUUGGUGGCAUCUACCUGGAUACAGACUUCAUUGUGCUUAAGAACUUACAGAACCUCACCAAUGCCCUUGGGAUUCAGGAUGACAAGGAACUGAAUGGGGCCUUUCUGUCCUUUAAGCCCAAGCACAAGUUCAUAGAGCUUUGCAUGCAGGACUUUGUGCAGAACUACAAUGGCUGGAUCUGGGGCCAUCAGGGCCCGGAGCUCCUAACUCGUGUCUUCAAGCAGUGGUGCUCCCUCGAGACUAUCAAGAGCACGAGCUGCAAAGGUGUGAGUGCUCUUGCCCCAGAAGUUGUUUAUCCUAUUCCCUGGCAGGACUGGAAGAAGUUGUUUGAGGCAGUCAGUGCCUUGGAGUUCCACAAACUCCUGCAGAACACCUAUGCCGUGCACAUAUGGAACAAACUGAGCCACGGGACCAAGUUAGAGAUCCCCUCCCAGGCUCUGCUGGCUCAGCUCUAUUCCCAGUUCUGCCCUGCCACCUACGCAAAGAUGAAACAGGACUCUGAAGAGUUGUCAAGGAGCGCAGUGUGACCUGUGGGCCCUUGGCUGCAGGGAUGUUCCUCGGACUGAAGGAAACUGAGUGCCUUUGACCUUCCCCAGAGCUGGCUCCUAGUCCUCAGCACAGGUGUUCUGUGUGACAGUUUUGUACCAUUGCUGAUAUCUGCCUCAGAUCCUUUGAGUUUCAAAUUUACAGCAGAACCUGAGGUCAGCCUCUCUUGCUGUCCUUCAGGAGACCUUUUGCUGCAGGGAAGGUUGACCUGGUUCAUCUGCAUCUCUCAGCUGGUCCUCUCUUGGUGAUCUCCAAUGGCUCCUCUUGUCAGUCCUGGCCUGAGCAGCCCCUUGUGAUGUUUCAACAGCUGUAGGGACCCUUGCCUUGCUCUCUGUCACAUUUAUAAUUUUCCCAGAAUAUUCUGUGUUUGAAUACCCACGACCAUCAUGGGUCCAACCCCUGACCCUUGCCAGUGGACAGGACACUCCAACAAUCACACCCUGGAUUAAAGCAUUGUCCUUGGGGCUGUGACCAUUCCCUGGGGAGCCUGUUCAGUGCCCCAGCACACUCUGGGGGAAGAAUCUUUUCCUGAUAUCUACCCUGCCCCUCCCCUGACACAGCUCCAGCCAUUCCCUGGGUCCUGUCCCUGGUCACACAGAGCAGAGCUCAGUACCCGCCCCUCCUCUUCCCCUCGUGAGGAAGCUGCAGAACUGCUGUGAGCUCUGACCUUAGUCUGCUCUUCUCCAGCUGAACAGACCAAGUGCCCUCAGCUGCUCCUUUUGUGGCUUCCCCUUCAGGCCCUUCACCAUCUCCAUGUCCCUCCUUUGGACACUCUCUGAGAGCUUUAGGACUUUCCUGUAGUGCUGCACCCAAAACCACACACAGUAUUCCAGGUGAGGCUGCCCCAGCCCAGAGCGGGGUGGGAUAGUCCCCUCCCUGUCCUGGCCAGUGAUGCUGGCCCUGGUGUCCCCAGGACAGGGAUGUCCCUGCUGGUCACUGCUGGCUCAUGUCCAGAUCGCCAUCAACCAGGAACCCCCACAUCCCUUUCCACAACACUGCUCUCCAGCCUCCUGUUCCCUUGCCUGUACAUCCGGGGCUGUCCCGUUCUACGUGCAGAAUCCAGCCCUUGUCUUUGUUAAACUUCACAGGGAUGGUGAUUGCCCAGCCCUGUCAUUUAUCCAGGGCUCUCUGCAGGACCUCUUCACCCUUGAGGGAGUCAACAGCUCCACCCAGUUUUGUACCAUCUGCAAUUACUUAGUAUCCCUUCCUGUCCUGCUUUCAAGCUUUUCAUGAGGAUUUUUAAGAGAACAGGGCCUAAGAUGGUGCCCUGUGGAAUGCCACAAGUGACAGGCUGCCAGUCUACUCUCACCCCAGUUACUGUCAUUCUUUGUGCUUGACCCACGAGCAAGAUGCUCAUCCAUCACAUUAUGUGUUUAUCCAGCUGUAGGCUGCACACUGAGAUAGAUGAUAUCCAAAGCUUUACUGAAAUCCAAAAAGAUUACAUCUACUGAUGUUUUUUGAUCAACUGGGUCGGUUACCUUAGCCUAAAAGAAAAUUAGUUUUGAUAAGCAGGACUUUCCUCUCAUGAAGAUGUCCUGGCUGUGACCAGUGAUUGUGUUGUCCUUCAGGUGUUUUUCAAUACCUCCUGGAAUAAUCAUCGUCAUCUCCGUAAUUUCACCUGGCACUGAAGUGAGACUGAAAGACCUGUAGCUUCCAGGGUCAUCCUUCUUGUCCUCUUUGAAAACUGGGACCUCUUCAGGUUUGCAAGACUGUUCAAAAAUUAUCGAGAGGUGCCUUGUGAUGAUAUCAGCCAGCUCUUUAUGUUUUCUCAGGUUAAUCCCAUCACACACGAUAGAUUCAUAAGGAUCCAGGUGGAGCAGCAGAUUCCUCACACCUUCAAGGUUAACUCAGAGUUUCUCAUUCUUAUAGUCACAGUCUUCUAGCUCAGGAAUGCUCGGACUUCCUUAGUCUGUCAUCAGUGUUGAAGACAGAGGCAAAGUAUUAAACAUCUCUGCCUUGUCCAUGGCCCUGUUUGUGAAGUGAGCAUCCUCAACUUGUAACAGGCUGAUGUCAUUUCAGCACUGCCUGUUGCCAUUAAUGUAUUUUAAAACCCUCUUUUUAUUGUCCCCCACAUUUCUAGUGGCUUCAAUUGCAAUGGAGCUUUGGCCACACAAAUUCUCCCCCUACAGUGAUUAGCGGCAUCUCCGUAUUCCUUCCACAUCACCUGACCUUGCUUCCCCUGGGCAUACACUUUCCUUUUUUCCCUUAUCUUCAAAAGAAGAUUCCUGUUCGGCCAAGGUGGCCUUCUACCUCAUUUGCUUUGUUUCUGAUUUUUAGGAAUUGCCUGUUCUUGUGCCUUCAGGAGCUGCUGCUUAAAAAGUGACUGGCGCUGAUGGACCCCAGGACCUUCAAAAGCGUUUUCCCAGGGGACUUGACUUACUGGUUCCCUGAGCAGCCUGAAGUCUGCUCUUCCCAUGUCCAGGAUUGAAGUUUUGUUGGCACUUUUCCUCCUGUCACCAGAGUUUUUAAACUCAAUGGCUUCAUGGUUGUUGUGGCCAAGACAACCAGCAAUCUCCCAAGAGCAUCACAAGAUCCUCUCUGUUGACAGGCAACAAAUCAAGGAGGGCAUCUUUCUGAGUCAGCCCUUUUAGUACCUGUACCAUGAAGUUAUCAUCCAGGUGUUUCAGAAAUACAUAGGGAGUAUAUGAAAAUUGUGUUAAGAAACAAAAAAAUAUUUUAAGGUCUGCUGUGGAUCUGAUAAUCAUCUCCCCACCCUGUGUGUCCAGGUCAUUGUAUUGUAAAAAUGCAUUUGAAAUUAACUUCUUAUUAAACAAGAAGAGGAAACAAAAACAUCCUGGAAUUCUGCCUUUGCCAAAUCAAAGCUUCUGUCUGGAAGGUAAAGUGUAAGCAAUGUGUGGUUAUUGCUCUUUUAGAUAUGCAGUGAUUAACAAAUAAGAGAAAUAUGUAUAUCAAUUUUAAUACAACCUUUUUCUA